UACUUUUUCCUAUUUUUCGUUUUUUUGUCGGUUGCUUCCGGUUGCAUUGACGCGAAGGCUUUGCAUAAAAAAAUAUUUUUAAAACGUACAAAACCAGCAACAAGAUAUUUUGCAAAAUAGUUUAUUUCUUUAUACACUUUUUUUAUAGCGCUAAAUUUUUUAAUUAUAAAUUAUUUCUAAAACUUACAGUAAAUUUGCUGUCAGCCGAUUUAUAAAUUAAGUUGUCAAUGACAAAUUUCCCGAUAGCACACUUAACGUUCCGUUAUCGAUUAUUUUAAGUAAAAACUUGUGUAAACUUUUGAGCCAAAUAAAUUGGAUUUUUAGUAAACAAUAAAAACUUGCAUAAAAUAUUUUUUAUAUUUAAUAAAUAAAAUCAAAAAACUUUACUUGUUUUUUUAAAAGAUAAAUAUUUAAGCCUAACGCGUGCAACCCUAUAUUUAUAAACAGUAUACGCAAAGUGGUUGGCAACGCAACAUCAUAUGAUUCGUCAAUGUAGUUCAGCAACAACAAAGUUUUCUGUUUUUUAAUUUACGUGUCGUUGGCAAAUAAAAUAAUAUUUAUACCAUUUACGCCUUUCAUAAGAUAUUUGUGUGAUUAAAAAUGCAAUCUAGUGGUGCAGAUGAUCUGCUACAGUUUCGUGAUUACAAUAGCACACCCAGCAUGAGCAGCCCACCGGCACAAAUAAAUGUCAACUCACCAACCCAUUCUAGCGGUUCUGCUGCAGGUGCAACGCGCGGCAGUAAUGCACUCAACGAUUUGAUUUAUGACAUGAGCAAUUCAGCAGGCAUUUUAAGUGGUAGCAACAGCGCAGGUGGUGCUGGAAAUAUGAAUAAUGCCGCAGCAGGCGGUGGCGACGCUGGUGGCGGCGUUGAUACUGGCACUAACAAUAAGGUGUCAUUUCUAACGCUUGAAUACUAUCAGCAAUUCUUUAAUGUGGACACAUAUGUGGUGAUCGAGCGUAUUGCUAAUUCUAUGAUACCAAAGCGAGCUGGUGGCAACUACUUGCGUUCGAGCAUUGGCCAAAAUCCUGAUUUGUACGGUCCGUUUUGGAUUACAGUAACGCUGAUUUUUUCGAUUGCCAUAAGUGGCAAUAUUGCAAGUUAUUUACAGCAUGCCAAUGACAACUAUCACUGGCGUUAUAAUUUCCACUUAGUCUCCUAUGCCGCCACUUGUAUUUUCAUUUAUGCCAAUCUUUUCCCCAUCGCCUUGUGGGCGCUCUUUAAGUAUAGUCUCAAACCGAUUACCGAUGAUGUGGAGACUGAAAGCGCCGACUAUUCGCCCUCUCUCUUAUCGCUAAUGUGCAUUUACGGCUAUUCGUUAUUUAUUUACAUACCCGUCUCCGUAUUGUGGGUUAUACAGAUUAGCUUGCUACAAUGGCUACUAGUUAUUACCGCCGCUCUACUCUCCGGCUCCGUCUUGAUUUUCGUGCUUACUCCAGCGUUACGUAACUCUAAGUUGUCGCUAUUCCUCAUAAUCGGCAUACUAGCUGCGCAUUUUCUACUCGCUGCUGGUUUUAUGUUGUAUUUCUUUCAUGUGCCCAGCAAUGUGGUAGCAAAUGUGCCGGUGCCUGCCGCCUUGGAGGCGGUUACAGUAGCUGUGAAACAUGUAGUCACACUGCCAGCCGUUGCCGGCAAUAUUGUACCACUCAAUGGCACACGUUGAGUAAAUAUUACUUAAAUAAAUCACGUUUUUCUUAGUAAUGUAAGAACUUUUAUUUAAAAUUGGUUAGAAAUUGUUAAUUUAUGAUUUGCUACUCUGGCAAAUUGGCACUUUCAACUUUAGUUAUGAUAUAUAAUAAUAAAAAAACUAUUGUUAUUACCAUAUAAUUAUUUACAUGCCAACAUAUUCCAUUGCAAUUACUUAAUAUUAAUUUAAAUUGUAUGCUAUGCCAAGUUGUGGUUAAAUAAAUGCGCAUAAAAAUAAAUAAAAAUAUUAAAUA